AUGGCCAACAAAGGGACAAACACGAAUCAAUCACAAUUUUUCAUUACUUUUCGUCCAUGUAAAUACCUCGAUAAGAAGCAUUCCAUAUUUGGUCGUGUCGUUGGUGGUCAAGACACCUUAAAUUCCAUUGAAAGAGUCGAAACUGAAGGCAACGCAGAAAAGGAAGCUGAAGCCAAAAGAGAUGCUGCAGCAAAGCCUAAAGCGUUCGGAUCGGGGGUUGGAAAGUAUAUUAAUCCGCAGAAUAAAAGGCCAGCUGUUGGAGACGCUUCUUCAACACCUGUCUUGUUAAAGAAGAAAGCAGUUAAAACCUCGUUGUCAGACUUCUCUUCAUGGUGA